UUUUAUUGUUAGCACGAUUCACGCUGAUAAGUUUUUCCACUUGCGUUUUAUUUAUCGAGUCAAAGUUCUCAGUUAUCUGUCCAUCUAAAUCUAGAGUCUAGACUAAAACUGUCAACUGAAACUACUAGUCUAGAUCUAGUUCUGAUUUGCCUACUUGUUAUAUAAUGGCACAGGUAUUAAGUGGAACUAAAGCAUCCAAUGACAUAAAGACACAGUUGAAGAAUGAGAUUUUAGAGCUGCAAGAAAAAUAUCCAGACUUCAAACCAGGGCUUGCUAUUGUACAGGUUGGGGAUAGAGAUGACUCCAAUGUUUAUAUUGGCCAAAAGCUAAAGUCUGCUGCUGAAGUUGGUGUAAAUGCUCAGCAUAUUAAACUUCCACGUUCCUCCACACAGCAAGAGGUGUUGUCAUGUGUUGAAAAGUUAAAUGAUGACAUCAGUGUUCAUGGAAUUAUUGUUCAGCUACCACUGGAGAGUGAUAAUGUAAUAGAUGCCCAUUUGGUCACAAAUGCCAUUCUUCAGAGUAAAGAUGUUGAUGGCUUACACCAAGACAAUGCUGGGAGACUUGCCCGUGGUGAUCUGGAUAGUUGCAUCUUGCCCUGUACCCCAAGAGGGUGUAUGGAACUUAUCAAACGAACAGGGGUGGACGUCAAAGGAAAGAACGCAGUUGUUGUUGGCCGUAGUAAAAUAGUUGGAGCCCCCAUGUCAGACCUGCUUUUGUGGAACCAUGCUACAGUGACCAUCUGUCACUCACGGACUGCUGAUCUUAAGGCAGAGGUUCAAAGGGCAGAUAUUUUGGUUGUGGGUAUUGGUCAACCUGAGCUGGUGAAAGGGGACUGGAUCAAGCCUGGAGCUGUGGUGAUAGAUUGUGGCAUCAACUCAUUGCCUGAUGCAACUAAACCAAGAGGAUAUCGCCUUGUAGGAGAUGUGGAUUAUGAAUCUGCCAAGCAAGUUGCCUCAUGGAUCACCCCAGUCCCUGGUGGGGUCGGCCCCAUGACAGUGGCCAUGCUGCUGAGAAAUACAGUUGAUCAGGCCAGAAAGAGUUAUGAAAAACUGGCCACCACUACUGGGUGGAAUAUUCAGUACUUGCCAUUGGCCCUCAAGGAUCCAGUUCCUAGUGACAUAGAUAUUGCCAAAUCUCAAGUUCCAAAAGAUGUGUCAGUGCUAGCCAGUGAGAUCAACCUGCGUCAUGAGGAAGUGGAUCUCUAUGGGAAGAAGAAAGCCAAAGUGUCACUGAAAGUUUUGGAAAGACUUAACAAACAGAAGGAUGGGAAAUAUGUUGUUGUCGCAGGAAUCACACCGACGCCACUGGGUGAAGGAAAAAGUACCACAACAGUAGGACUGGCCCAGGCUCUUGGAGCUCAUCUGAAGAAAAAUGUCUUCGCAUGUGUCCGCCAGCCAUCACAGGGACCAACUUUUGGUAUUAAAGGAGGAGCAGCAGGAGGAGGCUACUCUCAAGUUAUUCCCAUGGAAGAGUUCAACUUGCAUUUGACUGGAGACUUGCAUGCCAUAACUGCAGCCAACAACCUUCUGGCUGCAGCCAUAGAGGCCAGAAUGUUCCAUGAAGCUACACAAACUGAUCCGGCACUUUACAAAAGAUUGGUACCAGAUAAUAAAGGACAGCGUGACUUCUGCCCAAUACAGAUAAGGAGACUGAAAAAACUUGGAAUAACUAAAACUGACCCUAAGGAACUAACCCCUGAAGAAAUAAAGAGAUUUGUGCGUCUUGAUAUUGAUAAAGACACAAUAACGUGGCAGAGAGUGAUGGACACAAAUGAUAGAUUUCUUCGCAAAAUAACCAUAGGUCAAGGUCCUCAAGAGAAAGGUCAUGAGAGAGAGGUCCAGUUUGAUAUCACAGUUGCCAGUGAAAUAAUGGCAGUGCUGGCAUUAACAACAGACCUGCGAGACAUGAGAGAAAGACUAGGCAGGAUGGUAGUGGCCAGCAGUAAGGCUGGGGAACCCAUCACUGCUGAUGAUCUGGGAGUUGGUGGAGCAUUGGCUGUCCUAAUGAAAGAUACCAUCAGACCAAAUUUAAUGCAAACAUUAGAGGGUACACCAGUAUUUGUACAUGCGGGCCCCUUUGCAAACAUAGCUCAUGGUAAUUCUUCCAUCCUUGCUGACAAAAUCGCUUUGAAGCUAGUUGGAGAAAAUGGCUUUGUGGUGACUGAAGCUGGUUUUGGAGCUGAUAUUGGAAUGGAGAAGUUCUUCAACAUCAAGUGCCGCUACUCUGGUCUGCAGCCUAAUGCAGUUGUGCUGGUUGCCACAGUUAGAGCCCUCAAGAUGCAUGGGGGUGGCCCAACUGUGGUGGCUGGUGUGCCUUUACCAAAAGAGUACAGAGAAGAGAAUUUGACACUAGUAGAGCAGGGUUGCAGUAAUCUAAUCAAACAAAUUCAAAAUGCAAACAAGUUUGGGGUACCUGUCGUUGUUGCCAUCAAUGGCUUUGCCACUGACACCAAUGCUGAAUUGGAGCUUGUUCAGAGAAUAUCUAGAGAAAAUGGUGCCUUUGAUGCUGUCAUAUGCUACCACUGGGCCAAGGGAGGAGGAGGGGCCACAGAUCUAGCCACAGCUGUGGACCAGGCCACUAGGCAACCCAGCAACUUCAAGUUCCUGUAUGAUGUCAAAGAGCAAAUUGAAACAAAGAUAGAAACAAUUGCUAAAGAAAUUUAUGGGGCAGCUGGCAUUGAGCUUGAACUGCUGGCUAGAGAACAGAUAGAGCGGUAUAAGAAGCAGGGAUUUAAUGACCUUCCAAUUUGUAUGGCAAAAACACAUCUUUCCUUGUCACAUAAACCUGAGCUUAAAGGUGCCCCUACAGGGUUCAUAUUGCCCAUAAGAGAGGCUCGAGCAAGCAUUGGCGCUGGCUUUAUUUAUCCCCUUGUUGGAACUAUGAGCACUAUGCCAGGACUUCCAACCCGCCCAUGUUUCUAUGACAUAGACAUCGACCCAGAUACAGAAGAAAUUUUAGGACUUUCAUAACUCAGUACUAUUUCAUUUUAAAGUGAUUGUAGACCCUAUUAAAUUUUUUGGGCCUUCUGAGAAUGAAAUUUGUGUCAAGUAUAUAUCAGGUUUUUCAAGGGUAACAUUUUCAAAUGUCUGUGUUAAAGUGCAUUGCUCAAUGUUUUCAUUAUACCUUUCAUACUACUUGAAUUACACAUGAUUAUUAUUAGAUAAACAUAUACAGAACAUCCAACUGAAUCAUGGUUAACUGUUAUUCAUUUUCUUUAUGUUCAUUUAGAUCUAAGUGCCAUGAACAUUUUUCUGUUAAAGCUAAAUAGAAUUUAAAUGGAAACCUACAGUCAUUGGUUUCUUUUUUUUUUUUUAAAUUGUUUAUGUUGAUUUUCCAUUGAUGUAAUUCAUAUGGUGGCAGCUUUAAUUAUUCAAGGUUAAUGUAAUACUUUUUUCAUUAAACAGAUUUUAUUUUUGCAUAUAAGACAACCACAACAGUUACACAAUGAAAUUUGUACAUCAAGUAUACCUUAAAAAUAGAACUUUUUUAAUAAUAUUAAUAAUAAUAAAUAAUAUUCUUUGAAUUUUGUUACUAUAAGGCAACCCUGAGCAUCAUUUACAAAUUAUAGACACAUUAUUAAUAAACUUGAUGAUUCUUAUAAAGUAGAAAAAGAUUGUAAACAAUUAUUUUAAAAUAAAAUAUACCUGAUUUUUAUUGUGCAGAAUUGUAAAAUAACUAAAUGAUCAUGAUUUUAUUUUUAUAAAAUUAGAUUUAACUAGGCAUUAUGUCUCCAGGGGAAUAAGUUACCACCGUUGUUUUAUAUUAUAAAUGAAAAAUACAUGUAUCAGGAUAGACACUAGUUUUCUUUGUAAAUAUAGCAUUAGCAAGCAGUGUGCUAUACAUAACAAUGGUAUUGGUAUUUUAGCAAUAAGUAAAGUACAAAGUAGUUUUAAAGUUGUGAUUUUUUUUAUUGAAUUAUG